AUGGUGGAUAUCGAGCUGAAGCCUACCAUGGGUUACAUAUAUGAAGCAAUGAGAAUAGCAAGGGAACAACUACAAGUAACAUUUAGAAAAGAUAAUGGAACUUUGGACAAGAUCAUGGCUAUCGUUAAUGAAAGAUGGGAGGACCAGUUAGAUCACCCUGUCCACGUAGCAGCUUGGUACUUGAACCCGUCCAUAUUUUACAAAAUCCCGCGAGAAUAUAUGGAUAGUAGCUCAAAGUAUGCUAAGAUAAAGAGAGGAAUUUUUAACGCAAUGGAAAGGCUUAUAACUGAUGAUGAUGAACAUGAUAAGGCUAGAGAUGACCGGUGGAUCACGAAUGGCGGAAUGGAUGUUCCAAACCUCCAAAAAUUUGCGAUGGGGGUCUUAAGCCAAACGUGUAGUGCUUCAUCGUGUGAGAGAAAUUGGAGUACUUUAGGCAAUAUGCAUACAAAGAAGCGGAAUCGUUUCUUACAACAAAAGUUGAAUGAUUGUGUGUAUAUUCAAUACAACAAUAAAUUGCAACGUAGAUACGAGGAGAUACAAAGGCAUAAUUCUGGGGGUCCUGAAAUCCCUAUUUUCUUUGAUGCAGUUGUAGAAGAAGAUAAUUGGUUGGACCCUGAGAACUUAAAUGAUUUUCCUCAUCGAGCCGAUGAGUUUACUUGUGCUCAAGCAAACAGUGUCAUGGGUAUUAGUCCAGGACCUGUCACAAGAAGUAGCCGACAAGUAUCUAAUAGACGCUCUCCAAUUGAUUCCACAAUAGAUGAAUUUGAUUCGGAUUUCAACUGCGAAGCUCGAGGACCUGCCAGUAUGGGUUAUGGUGUUGGACGUCCUUUGGCUGAUUUUGCAAACGCUAUUAUGGAUGAUUUACUUUAG